AUGGAGUACCGUUCUGGGCGCCUUAACACCGUCGCCGAUGCACUAUCUCAAUAUGACUCUGAUGACAGCCUUGUCACAAGCAACAUUGGGGCAAGGAUGGGCAAAGUGCCGUCACAGAAGGACCUCUUUGAGGUUUCAGGGCCUACCUAUUUGACAUACAUGAAUUGGAACUGCCCACACCACCAGCGAUCGGCCAUGGCGAGCCUCGUGCAAGGCGUGUACGUCCUGGAGCGCGAUCGUCAAUGGAACCGCCAGAGCCCCGACGCCCGCGCGCCGGCGUGGUGGAAGUUCUUCCACUUCGAGCUGCGGCAGGUGCUCGUGGACGCCGCCGACUCCUCCAUCUUCGGCGCGGUGUACGCGUUCCAGCCGCCGUACCACCUCAUCGACCCCGCGGCGGCCGCCAGCGCGCCGCACUACGUCGUCGCCUUCCGAGGGACCGUCACCAAGAAGGCCUCGGCAUCCAGGGACCUCGAGCUCGACCUCCUGCUCGUCCGGAGCGGCAUCGAGCACACCUCCCGCUUCCGCAUCGCGAUGCAGACCAUCCUCGACGUCGCGAGGCACGGCCGCGUCUGGCUGGCCGGCCACUCGCUGGGGUCCGCCAUCUCAACCCUCGCCGGAAAGACCAUGGCCCGGGCGGGCGUCGUCCUCACCACAUUCCUCUUCAACGCGCCGUUCCUGUCGGCGCCGGUGGAGAGGAUCCCGCACAAGAAGGUGAAGCAGGGCAUCCGCAUCGCCAAGAGCUUCGUCACGGCCGGCGUGGCCACCGUCCUGCACAAGGGCGGCGGCAGCAGCGACGAAGCCUUCGCGGCGCUGGCGCGGUGGGUGCCGAACGUGCUGGUGAACCCGGCGGACCCCAUCAGCGCGGAGUACGUGGGGUACUUCGACCACCGCAAGAAGAUGGAGGACAUCGGCGCGGGCGCCGUCGGGAGGCUGGCUACGAGGCACUCGGUCAAGGACCUGCUGUUGGGCAUCGGCAAGCCGGGCGGCUGCGAGCCGCUGCACCUGUUCCCUUCGGCCGUCCUGACGGUGAACCGCGGCCCGUCGCCGGACUUCAAGUCGGCGCACGGGAUCCACCAGUGGUGGAGGCCGGACUUGGCCCUGGAGUGCAGGGCCUAUUCCUACGCUUGAUUGGCUGAAAUAUAAGGCAAACCUCCUUUGGAUCCUGGUUCUAGAAACUGAAACUCGAAAAUGAUUUGUGUUGGCUGCAGAGCCUAAAAAUGUCAACGCAGAAGACAAGACAA